CAAACUGUACUUUGUGGACGUGACGAUUUCUUUGCUGUACCUCAUAACAAAAAUGAGACCAGCGAUAAAGUUCUCUGCUCUUUGUACAACAUAUCUCCAUCUUUACAUUAAACAUAUCCGUACCAUUUAGAUGGAUCAGGUCAGCCAGUAGAUAAGAUUACUUACUAAGAAAGAGAAACAAUGUUAGGUCUCGUGCACUUGUAUCCUUUGCCUACAAUCUCUCUAACAGGGCGAUACAUUCAUCGAACCUUCACGGAAGAAUGAGUUAACUUUUGUCUCGUUUCGAAAAAUAAUUUUCUCUGUGUAGGCCGCUGCAAGCUAUUGAAGAAAAUCAGUUUGGAUUUCACAAUGGCGCAACAACGCACACUGAAGAAAGUGGAGACCACACACAAGUCAGAAAAAGACCUGUUACCUGGUCUUCCAGAUGAAGUUCAUGAAAUAGUUAGAAAGCUCCAAGAUGCUGCAAAAUGUCGUUAUCAGUUUCUCGAGAAACGGCAAAGAAAAAUUGGACAAAAGCAAACUAACGGGGUCUGCCUUGCACUUGCUGGAGGAAUUGUUGCAGCCAUUGCCCUUGGCGUCCAGAUCCUGUUUUGGUGGCUCGGUGCUGCCGGUCUCAUCAUGAUUGUCGCUGGAAGUGUUUUCACUGCAGCAGCCAUGCAGGAAGAGUCCAAGGAGAGAAAAAACACAACAGCAGAUGUUGUGAGAAUACGCCAAUUGAUAGGCAAAGGUCAGAAUUUCAGCCGGAGGCUCAGAGAAGUUGCAGAAAAUCUUAAUCAACACCACAGAAAUGUCAAAAGAGCGAAAUUCGGUGGAGCUUUAUCUACAUUUGUUGGCGGAGUUGUUACAGUGGUGGCCGCAGUUCUUACACCAUGGACUGGUAAAGGGAUGUUACGAUUGGCUGGCGCCGGAAUGGUUUUGUCUGGAGCAGGUGAUUUGGUAAAAAAUGGCUCGUCCUUAAUUGAAAUGAUUAUCCAGAAAAUCAAUGGUAGAGAUUUACAAAGAGAGUGGAAUGAAAUCAUCAGUGCAGUACUUACGGAGUGUCAAGUCUUGUAUAACAUGCCACAGAUGUGCACUACGAAUCUGCAUGGGUAUACGCCUCUCUUUGUGAAUGGAUUGAACAUUCUACACAGCAGGAGUACUCUUCAAAACGGUCUGAAUAUGCUGAGCGCGGCACACGAGGGUGCCUAUAACUUGGGUACAGCAUCGAAACACGUUGGACUUAAGAAGGCGUCAGCUGGAAUACAAGCAAUAGGAACGACGGAGUUUUUCCUAACUCUUGCCAUGUUACCGAAUAAUUUUACCGAAAUGGUCAGAGCAGCCGUUGACCUCAUGGACGACCAAAAGCCAGAGGCUUCGCUCCUCCUGCUUAAGCUCGCUGACUGCACUGAGGAGAUCACCCGCGGGCUGAGAGAAACGAGUGAAAUGUUGUGUUUGUUCUCAUACAAACAUGAUUAGAUAUCUUAAUGUGAGAGGACAGAAACAAAACGCUACAAAUUUAUGUCUUAGAGCAGUUAUGAUGUCUGUUUCAUCAUAUUGAAUCAAUAGGAAAGUUAGAAAAUUUGAAAUAAAACAGUUUGUAAAAUUUACUAUUGGCUGCCAUAAAAAAUUCACAAUGACCAAACAAUAAACUCAAAUAAACAUGUAUACCAAUAAUGCUACAUCAUGCAUAAAUGUUUGCUGGGUAAAUGUUUUCGUCAGAUGGCUAAUUCCCAGCAUUACAAUUUUAUUUUACAGUUACAACUGACUGCUGAUAAUUCCCUUCAUAACCAUUAAAAAUACAAUAACAUUAUAGAGACUUUGUACACAUUUAUCUAUGUAAAACGUAUUACUUUCUUAUUUAGCUGCAUUCAAAGUUUACUGUUUGCUUACUCACACGUGUUUUAUGUUUGUCACCUUCAAUUCAUUUUAACUGCUUUAAGCACGCAAAUCAAAGGUGCCCUUACACUGUCAGUUGUUUUUAGCAUUGUAAAGAAUAUGUUUAUGACAGAUGAUGUGUUUGUGACUGUAUCACGAUGUUAGUUGUAGACCACACGGUGGUCCUGAACACAGUUGCCAACACAGUUCCUCGGGGACCACCAGCUGCUCAUUCUCGCAGCAUGGUGGCAGCACAAGUUAUUCGGGUUUGACCAUGUGACUUGAGUUAACAGUUAGCUAAGACCUCCUUCCAGAAUACCUUGCCUGGAAGUCGACGCUAAGCUAAGAGAAUGGAAGAUGUUUUGUCUCUGACCUGCUCAGGACCGCUUAAGACAUGUUAAAAUAGAAGACCUGUCAGCCACUGUGUCUGUCUACAUGCUGGUGUUUUAUGACAUGACUGACAUUUAGUGUUUGGGGUAUUUGUCAAAAGACAUAGAAUAGUACAGAGUGUAUAUGUAACAAAUAAAUUGGCAGUCUUCACCUAGCCUUGGCUCUCUUCCUCAAAAAUUAUUGCUGUGUCUUAUUGUUUUUAACUAAUUGUUCCUAAUGAUUUUAUGUUAAACAUUUUAGUUUGUCAGAGAAAAAAGAAAACUUUUCGAGAAUAAUGAUCAACUACGUACUUACUGCUUUUAUCGAUGUGCAAUAAAAGCUUGAAACCUCA